AUGGAGUGGUUUGGAAGCAAAGAGAGAAAAGAAAUACCAGAUGACGCAGUCUCUCUCACAUUCUUACCGAAGGAAGUCAUUUUGAAAAGUCUAGUUGAGACCUCAUCGUUCAUCCAUGAGAUGUCACUUAUCCAUGACUACUACAUGACAAAUUACACAAAAUGUUCGAAAUGCGAUAAUUUCUUGUGUACUUGGCAAGGAUUGGCUUUCACUUCUCACUCGAUUACUGUAGUUUUACUGCCAUUUCAUUUACUCGGUGGAUACUGUAUCCUGUUUAAAACUCCAGUUUAUAUGACAUUUUAUCGAUGGCCGCUGUUUAAUUUACACUUCUGGUCGUGUUUCGUAGAUAUUCUCAUUAGUGCUCUCAUCACUCCAUAUCUCAUUUUUCCGGCUGUUGCUGGAUUUCCAGUAGGAUUAUUACAUUUCUUGAAGGUACCAAUACCGGUUCAAAUUUGGUUAGGAAUUAUGAGUAUUUAUGUAAUGAUAAUGUCAAUGACGAUUCUUUUGGAGAAUCGACACAACUCGAUUCCAUCGAAUAAAUUUCGAAUCUCUGGAAAAGUUUGUAAAGGAAUUUAUUAUUCGAUUCGAGUUCUUCUCGCUUUUGUAUAUUCUCUCGCUAUUUUCUUAUUUCUACCAGAAGAUCAACAGGCGGCUCUUCUUCAAAUUUUGAAGGAGAUUCCAUGUCCAACAGAGGAAUUUUUCAAGGCGGAUCAAGUAUUUGUUCUCUGUAUCGAUGAGAAUUAUAUCAACUUUCUAGCUGCAAUAACUGCUUUGGGAGUAUUAUUCGAGUGUUCUCAAAUGUUAUUUUUCAUGUUUUGUUGUUCAUAUUAUCUCUUCUUUUCAAUCCAUGGAUUCACUUCAAAAAAGACUCGGAAACUUCAAAUUGCUUUUUUCGGAAGUAUUAUUUUACAAGUUUCGAUUCCUGUUAUGUUCUUGUUACCUUCUUUUGUUUUUAUGGUUUUCUCAGUGGUUUUCGGAUAUUAUAAUCAAGCUCUAACCAAUUUCGCAGUCCUUCAUGCAUCACUUCAUGGAUUUCUCUCAACUAUCGUCGUCCUGAUAAUUCAUAAACCGUAUCGGAAGUUCAUUCGAUCAUUUUUCGGGAAAUCAUCUGUCGUGGAUUUUCAGAAGAAAUCAGGAAUCGAUACGAGACGAAUGAGUGUAUUUCCAACUCAUAUCACUUCUUAA